CUGAUGAAUAGAUGCGCUCUUGUGUAUCCUUCGUGUCAUAAAGUGUCUAUAAUAACAUAUACACAUAUACACACACAAACACACGGAGAUGAUGUGCUGUCGGAAUUUAUAGAGCUCAUGUAGCGAUGAGAUGUGAGUGAAUCUUCUAGAAUAAGAUGAUGCUGAUGCGGCGAAGAAGGAGAAUUACAUUUCAAGGCUUCUGUCACCAAGUGAGACCCCUAAAGCAAGAGGCCCAGAGGGUUCAUUGUAUCUGUAACCAUGACGAGAAACCAGGCAGAGAAGCUGAUCCACUUGCAGUUCUAAGGUUUUAAGUAGUUCUAAGAGUGUAGAAAGGAGCACACUUCAGGAGUGAUAUGAGGUGGUUUUUCAGGACAUUGGCAUGGACCAGUAAUGAAUGGUGACAGGGCUUCCAGCAGCCCGGAGCACUCCUCCUACCCGCUUCCGGAUUGGAAGGAGUUCUGCGAGCUGCACGCUCAAGCCUCUGCUGCUGACUUUGCAUACAAGUUCCAGCGUUUUAUUAGCGAGAACCCGUGCUACGACUCACCCGGCGCUGAAGCCAGCUUCUCUCAUCACUUUGCCCAGCACUUCAUAACCUGCUUCUCUGCCACCCUAGAAGAAACUCCCGGGCCUGGCUCACCCGGUGGCACCUCGACACCCAAAUACAGCAUUGUGCCCUUUGUUGGCAUUCAGGGCUGCCCGUUGCCUUACAGCCACUGCAGAGACGUGGGGGCAUCUAGCGAAUCACUGGACAGCAUGGACAGUGGAGGGGUUGGAGCCAGUGGACAGGAACCGCAAACGCCAUCUCAGAAGAUGGCUGUUGUAAGCCAGUCCAGAAGUUCGGAGGAUUUGUCUGCAAUCCAUCGCAAAGCACGCUUCAAGAAGGGAUUUUCCCUUCGUAACAUGAGUCUGAGUGUGGUCGACGGGGUAAAAGAGAUCUGGCACCGCAGAGCCUCUCCUGAACCUGACCCCAUGACCAGUUCAAGGAGGACCAAUGGAGCGGAGGUGGUGGGGUCGGAGCACUGGAGCCAAAAGCUAAGGCUGUCGCGGGGUUCUCAGGGCCACAAAGCAGAGCUGUUGGAGAUCCAGAGGGAGGGUAUGCUUAGAUACAUGGUGGCUGAUGACACAAACUGCAUUGGGCCAGCACAGUGGCAGAAAUGUAGGUUACUGCUGAGGAAGACCACUGCCUACACAGACACUGUAGAGAAGUUUCUACUGGAGUUCUACAUCCCACCGAAGUCUUCCAAACCCAAAGUGAGUGUUCCUCUAUCUGCUAUUGUGGAGGUGAGGACCACAAUGCCUUUGGAGAUGCCUGAAAAAGACAACACAUUUGUGCUGAAGGUAGAAAACGGUGCUGAAUAUAUUUUGGAGACCAUUGAUUCUCUUCAGAAGAACUCAUGGGUUGCUGAUAUUCAGGACUGCAUAGAUCCUGGGGACAGUGGAGAUGACAUUGAGCUGGCGUCAUGUGCACACAGUCAACCUCUCAAAGAUUUCUCACUGGUGUCCUCCUGUAGCUGUGAGAUGUUGUUUGACGGAUCGCACCGGGGCAGUACCGUUCGUGAUCACUGUAUGCCAGUCACGCAGCACCCCUCACACGUGCCCUUAGAGAGAUUUUUACAGUCGCCCGAUGCCCGGAACGCCAACGCCAACAACACAUCAGCUUUAGGAAGUCCUUGUGAAGGCCCAAGAGAAACAGAAGGAGAGAGCAGUUUGGCCGGUUACCCAUGGUUCCACGGGACCUUGUCGCGGGUGCGUGCUGCUCAGCUCGUCCUCGCCGGCGGCGCUCGCAGUCACGGUCUGUUCGUCAUCCGUCAGAGUGAGACGAGACCUGGAGAAUACGUCCUCACCUUUAAUUUCCAGGGCAAAGCCAAGCACCUGCGCUUGUCUGUGAAUGAAACCGGCCAGUGUCACGUGCACCAUCUGUGGUUCCAGAAUGUUUCAGACAUGUUAAGACAUUUUCACACAAACCCUAUACCUCUGGAGUCUGGCGGCUCUACGGACAUCACGCUACGAUCAUAUGUGCAAGUCCAGCGAACGUCUGCAGAUGUGUCCUCACCCCUGCGGGAUGCCCCUGUCUGUCGUACUGAAUUGAGCCAAUCAGCACAUCAGCUGUCCGGUGUCACUGCCACCACAGAUGCAACGCUGUCAUCCAGCUCGUCGUCGUCGCCGAUGGCUCAGCCGAGCACAGGAGGUAUGGUGUCCGCCAGCGGUCUCCACAGUCGCAGUAACAGCGCAGAAAGGCUCCUGGAAGCUGCUGGUGGCAGUGCUGACGACUUCCACGACACCGACGGCUCAAGGCGGACUCGAGCUGUAGAGAACCAGUACUCCUUCUACUGACAUCUGCUGUCAAUCAAACUCUGCAUCAGUCUGCUUGCAGAUAAAAUGCAGUUUGAAUUUGUGGUUCUUUGUUCUUCGUCAUAAGCCUUUAGCAGCGCUUAAUACGCCCUAUGAAACAGUUUUUGUCAACACAUGUGGCUGAUUAUUUGAUCACUUACAGUACUUUAAAAACUUCAAGGAAAAAGUUGUUGGCAGAGGAAUGAAAGCACGUGUCAAUUGCGUUUCGGCAGAAUUGUUUGAAGGUCUGAAAGAAUAUCUUUUUGAGCCAUUUGUUUGUGAAUCUGUUAAUGAUUUGUUGUGGUAUUAUCACGUACGCGUGAUCUCCUCAUGUUUUCUCAUGUCAUGAACAACAGACCCGACUAAAAUGUUGUAGCAUUACCUCACUGAACUUGUUUCUGUUUCCCUGAAGUCGAUAGAUCUUUGUGAAAUGAAGGUUCUAGUUUUGCAGUGUUUGACUUCUCAAAGGCUGAGAAUAGAUUUGCUUGCUGGUAUCUCACAGAUGUUAAAGCGUCCUUUAGCUUUUGAAUAAACGGAAUAUGUUUAUGGAUGAUUUGUAAUCUGGAGAUGUAAGUGGAGCAGGUGCAACAGGAAAACAGAGGUGUCCCUCAACAAAUGUCUGAAGGAACACCAGUUUGUGAGGCUGCUAUCUCCUUUAAGGCUUCAGGCGGGCGAGUUGGACAGAGAGCUGACUUUAAAAGGAUGUGCCACACUCCGAGGCUGUAUGGAGCUGACGAAGAUCUGGUGAGAAAUAGCCUGGAAGCCUUGUACCUUCAACGGGCCACCACCCAGAGGAGACGGGCUUCAUCCAAGUCCGUCGUUCAUAAGGAGGUGAUUAAGAUUAAGAUGGCAUUUGGCUCACACCCACAGUGCUCCCCUGACAAAGUAGCGGCUUGCAGCGCUUUAGUCUCACAAUCCCAUUUAUCACGUUCUAAUAGCGUGGUGAGCUUCAGCAGAUAUUAUCACAAUGACGAUCGCACAUUAAAGGAGAGAUAUGUAAUAAUUUUACUGCAUUAAAUCAAAUCUUAAACUUAAAAACAAAAUAGCUUAGUAUGUUCGUAGGCAUUCAUCGUAGAAGUUCAUAUAUUGGUUUGUCAUAUUGUUAUUCCACUCUGAAAUGUGAGUUCUGUGCCGGAAUGUCUGUUUUUGUUUUGGUCAGUGUAUUUCAACAGCUCGGUCGCCAGUUGGUGACAAUUACUGUAUAUUGCAGCAAAUUGUGUCUAUUGUGUCUUUUGUGCUGCCGAGAGACGAGUGUAGGCCUUAGAUCAGAGAAGCUGUUUGGGACCAAAGAGAACACUUUUUUUUCUUCUGUCAGGCUCUACUGUGAGUGGGACGCGUUUCCCCUCGCAAGGAUUUAGCCCUGGUGCUGCGCAGAGUCAGAGAGAAAAAUAAAUCCAUCAUAAGUGACACGGCAAACUGUACAAACCAACCGUAGUUUCUCGAUCUAGUGGAGAAGCUUGCAGCACAUCCGUGGCUGAUCCUGUCUCAAGCGUGGGGUUAUGAUUGAGUUUGAGUUGCUGAGGCUGCGUUCAUGUUGCCGCUUUAUACGUUUCUUUAUCGAAUUCUGUUAGGUGGGCAUUAAAUGUCUUCAUUUUUGAUUCAGAUGAAUAUAUCCUUUCUCAAACUCUUUCAUGGGAGCACACAAAAUUUUCAUGUCAGUUUACUAUUUUAUCACUUCUAUGAAACCGUAAGCAUCAAAUGAAUCCUUUGUCGGAUCAGAUGCUGUCUUUGUCACGAUUCUCAUCAUGAUCCUCAGCACUCGGAUACUUGUGGCCAAAAUGAUUCAAAUUUACAUCAGGACGUUUAAGACAUUUGCAUAGUUAAUGUCUUCAUGAGACCACGCACCCCAUCUUUCACAUCAACUGAAAAACCUCUCUUUAGGCGAUCUGUGCUAAAUUGUCUGAAAGUGCCGUCUUUGCCACAACCCAACCCACAAUCGCCGUCCGUGUGAACAACAAUAGAGACAGUUUGUGAGAGAUUGUAUAAGAUUGAAUAAGAGAGACUGUAGGUGAAGCAGUGAGUCAUGAGCUCUCAUCUUCACGAUUCCCAUUUUCAUUCACUCACAUGCAUUUAUUAUUUUGUGUAGUGGAGUGGAAAUACAAAACGGUUUUAAAGCAACUAAACAAUUUCAUUCCACACGUUUGUAGUUCUUUAGUUCUCUUCAUGAUUUGUUGUGUACUAUUAGUUUGGUUUUAUUGUAAAAACCUUUAUGCCAGAGAUCUCCAACCCUGCUUGUGGAGAGCUUACAGUACCCUCCCGCAGACCGCAGCUCCAGCACACCUGUCUGUAAUCAUCAAGCAACCCUCAACACCUUGAUGAGCUGCUUCAGAUGUGUUUUAUUGCGCUUAGAGCUGAAAUCUUCAGGAGGGUCGCUCACCUGGAGUGGGGUUGCACACCCCUGCUUUAUGCUAAUAAUGAAGCGUUUAACCAUUUUGAAAGAUUUUGUAUAAUAUGAUGAACCUCAUGUACAACUUUAUACGUCUGUGAAUAAAACGGGUGAACAAUUAAGAAAUGAA